GCGGGCAGGGAUUGACGGACUCGCGGCACAGCGCCGGCGCCAUUGUGUUGCGGGUCGAGGCGGCGGGCUCCGUUCGGCCGUCUGCGGGUCCGGCCCGGCCUCUCCGGCGGAUCUCCAAUGCUCGUGUCGCGAGGGCCUCGCCCGUGAGAGGUACAAAGAAUGGAGUCUAAGCCCUCAAGAAUUCCUCGAAGGAUAUCUGUUCAGGCCUCCAGCUCUACUCUAGGAUCUAGAACAUUAACUGGAAGCAGUUUAGCUGGUGCAUAUAGUGCAAGAGAUUCUUCACGGGGAUUAGACUCUGGUUACCAGGAAUCCGAUGUAUUGAGUAAUUCUGACAGAGACUGGGGAAUUGGAGAAAGAGGGACUCAUGAAAAUCCUUGGAAGCUUACAACAUCCUCUCCGACUCACUACUCAGGGACACUUGAUCACCCACGGUCUGGACGAUUUUUGGGAAGCAGAAACAGACUGUCUACAUCUUCCUCUUCUCAUUUUACAUCUGGGUGUUACGAUGAUUCUGAAAGAACUCAGGGAGCAUAUUCAAGACUGCAUAGCCAGCAGCAAGAUAGUGAUUCAAAGCGACCUAAGCUGUCUUGUACGUCUACCUCUUCUGUGAGAAGUAAUGGCUUGGCUGCCUUUUCAGAUUCCUCUUGGAGAUAUAGUAGGAUUCCCAGAUCAUCUUCUGUGAUGUUUGGUUCCCUGGGAACUGAGCUAGUGAGAGAGCGAAGAGAGUUAGAAAGAAGAACGGAUCAGUCCUUUAAUAAUCUGGUGGAUCAUAGCUACAGAAACAGUGACUUUUCAUCUUCAGCAUAUUUUCAGGAUAGGCCUGCCUCUACAUACGCGGAAGGAGCAAGACCAAAAGAGAACUCAUUAAGUGCUUUGAGGUUAAAUGCAUCCAUGAGCCACCAGUUGCCUUCUGCUCAUCAAUCUUUUUUCAGCAGAGACUCUAACGUAAGAUCUUCAAGGACCGGCUAUUCUUCAAGACAAAGAAGAAAUGAAAUAGAAUCUCCCCAGAGGAAUGUACACCCAGCAUUUUCUCAUUCUUCAGCUAGAGGCGAAACUCCUUCAAGUAGUUCUGAAAGGGUUUUAUCUUCUCAGAGGUCACUGAAUGAUGCUGCAGCUGACAGUGAAGGAAGGCGCACAACCAGACAGUUGCUGUCUCGUUUAGCAUCUAGUAUGUCAUCCACAUUUUUCUCUCGAAGAUCUAGCCAAGAUUCAUUGCAGACAAGGUCAUUAGGCUCUGAAGAGUCAUCUCUUGUCCCAAGAGUUCAAGCUCCUACUCUGUCUAGCACUAAUGGAGCUGCAACUCCUGAAGCUCCAGGACUUCAUACAUCUGAAGCUUCUCAGGGAUUUAGCUUUCUGAGACGAAGAUGGGGUUUAUCAGGAGUUUCCCAGAGUCUUAACUCUGAUCCAGAUGGGGAAAGCUACAGACCAGACUCUGAAAGUAGGAGCACAGGGUCCUGGUUGUCAUCAUCUCUGAGGAACAGAUGUACGCCGCUCUUCUCCAGAAGACGGAGAGAAGGAAGAGAUGAGUCUGCAAGAAUCUCUACCUCUGAUGCAGCUGCUAGAUCACAGCAUGUUUUGAGAAGAAGAGAGUCAGGUGAGGAGACCUCUCUUGAAGCAUCAGAGGGCCCUCCUAGGGCUUCUGUUAGCAGACCACCAACACCUGCAGUAUCUGGUAUUUCCACGGCUACUGCCUCCCCACCAGAUUCAACCCACAACAGGAGAAGUUCUGGAAUUCUGCCUGGUUCUCUCUUUCGCUUUUCAGUGCCUCCAACAUUAGGAAGCAGUCUCUCUGACAAUCUUAUGAUAACUGUAGAUAUUAUUCCUUCUGGCUGGAGUCAGUCUGAUGGACAAGAAAGUGACAAAUCCAAAAUACCACCUUCAAGAGAUCCAGAACGACUGCAGAAAAUUAAAGAGAGCUUGCUUUUAGAAGAUUCUGAGGAUGAAGAGGGUGACCUAUGCAGAAUCUGUCAGAUGUCCUCUGCAAGUACUGACAACAAUUUAAUAGAGCCGUGCAAAUGCACUGGAAGUCUGCAGUAUGUUCACCAGGAGUGCAUGAAAAAAUGGCUGCAGUCCAAGAUUAAUUCUGGUUCUUCUUUGGAAGCAGUAACCACUUGUGAACUAUGUAAGGAGAAGUUGCAGCUGAAUCUGGAAGACUUUGACAUUCAUGAACUCUAUAGGGCACACGCAAAUGAACAAGCAGACUAUGAAUUUAUCAGCUCUGGUCUCUACCUUGUGGUGUUGUUGCACUUAUGUGAGCAGCGCUUUUCUGAUAUGCUCGGAACCGCAAGUGAGGCCAGCACACGUGUCAGAUUUAUUAACCUUGCAAGAACUCUUCAGGCACAUAUGGAAGAUAUUGAAACUUCUGAGGAUGAUUCUGAAGACUGAUGCUGGUGUAACUUUUAUGCUGAAAGAAACAGAAGUGCUGCAGAAAUGCUGAACUGACAAGAACAACAUCAACAUGUGUUUGUUUUUGGCUCUCCUUCAUAAAAAGAGCGUUGAGUAUUACUGUAGUUUUUGAAGCAUUGUGUAAUUCAAAAUCAGCUGCUGCACUGUGGAAGUCAGUGGACUUGAGAACAACUAUUCAGUAUGUGUGAAGAUUGUCUAUAUGUAUGUGUGUAUAUAUAUGCACACACAGUAUAUAUAUGCGCAUAUAUAUGUAAAGCAACUUCACUUUUUAAAUGAAGGUAUGCUUCAUUUGGGGAGACAUCAGAUUUUGCGUAUAUAAGAAAGCUAUAUCUCUUUCUUUCCUUCUUACUGUAGUCACAUUUCUGGUUUUGUCUAUCAAGUUUUGCUCCUCUACUGGCACUAAGUGGUUAUUGUGGGUGUUGGGG